AUGUCAGACUCGAUCAAGGAAUUCGUCGAGAUCCCACAGAACUUCUUCCGCGAAGGAACGCACUUUGUCAACCGUUGCACAAAGCCGAAUCGCAAAGAAUACAUCCAAAUCUGCAGAGCGGUAGGAUUGGGCUUUGUCGUCAUGGGCUUCAUCGGGUACUUUGUCAAGCUUAUUCACAUUCCAAUCCACUCAAUCCUUGUUGGUGGAGCCUAA